AUGUCCAGCAGCCGGAGGUCAUCACGCACACUGCGUGCGGGGAGCUCGCUGUCGUUGUCGACGUCGAGGUCCAUCUCGGAGGACCAGAUCUCCGAGCUCCUGUCCAAGCUUCAGGCGCUGCUCCCGGAGUCUCAAACUCGCAAUGGCGCACAUAGGGGCUCGGCGGCGAGGGUGCUUCAGGACACGUGCAGCUACAUCAGGAGCCUGCACCAGGAGGUGGACAACCUCAGCGAGACGCUCACCGAGCUGCUCGCCUCCGCCGAUGUCACCAGCGACCAGGCCGCCGUCAUCAGGAGCCUGCUCAUGUGA